AAUCUCCGCCAGCCAAUGGAAGAUGUCGGGCCGGGCGAACCAAUGGGGUGGGCUGGCGACGGGUGACGCGGAGCCAUCGACCCACGGGAAGACCCGCACCGACCCUCCCGACAAACGCGAGGCGCGCACGGGCAACAACUCCGCGGUGACACGAGACAAGUCGCGGCCCUUGUCAAACUACGAGCCGACCUGCGAGCCCCGAGCCAGCCCCACGCCUCGCCAGCCCAUUUCAAACUUGGACAGGAAGAAAGAAAAGCAGAGCGUUUCUUUGGAUAAUCUUUUACACAGCACUUCCGGUUCGCCAUUUUGGAUUGAUUCAUCCCCGGCUUCGAAGCUUCUAGACACGUCCCAGCUUUGUUCUCACCCUUGCAAACACCAACAGGGGCGGGAACUCCGUCUUUCAGACCACCUCACCUCCGACCCGCAAUUUACCCGCACUCAAGAUGGCGGAACAGGAAGUCCGCCCAUGCGCGAUGAACUCAGUCACGGAAGUUCCAGUGGAAAUGACGUCACGUUAACAACGAUCUGUGAUAUUCCGGAAAAAGAAGUGGUUCGCUACAGGAAAGAUUACCCCACGAAGGUCGAGGGUUCGGAUCCCGCUCUAUCAUCUUCGCCCUCUGUGUCGCCUCGGUUUACGCGAUGCAGACGACAAAGUCGCGUCAACUCGUCUGACGACCCCAACAGCGGUACCAUCACCGCGCAGGACAACAUCACCCUCUCCGGUAGAGACAGCAUCAGCAACCCAACCGAAUCCUGCUAUAAAUUUUACCUAGACGGGAAAUCCAUCGACGGCUCGCCGGAUAAAAAUUCCGCCAACAAGAACAGAAGAUCUCUAGAACCGGAGGAAGCGGAAAUCAGCAAUGUGGACAGCUCUUCUAAAAGAUCCAGCGGCACCAUCGGGGUCGACAGACACUCCUCCCUCGACCAGGGUUCGAAUCUCAGUCUAACCAACAGCGAUGACCGACGCUCGGAGGCGAACGACAGCGGUCACAAGAAGAAAAAAAAGAAAAGCAAGCGGAAAGACAAUGAGAAAUCCACAUUGUCGAUUGGCACUUCCGGCCGCGGCAGCAGCAGCCAGCGUCACGACGACAACGGCACCACCGACGAAGACAUCGCCCGACCGCCGUCCGUCUGCAGCAGCACCAAAGGACACCGCCGUUUCGCAAAACGUGGGUUAGGUGCGUUGCCGAGCUCAAACUGGCGCCGGCUGCGAAAUACCUUGAAAGCCGCCAAUGAAAUGCAAAGCAACAAGAAAACCAAACACGCACUGAACCGUGAAGACUCGUUCUUGAGAAAAUUUUCCACGCGCAACCACCAAAACGUUCAGAAUAACUCGCAGUCUACGGACGAGGACGUGCCGAGGGCGCCGUGUUCUUCCGAGAAGUUCAACAGCCGGUUCGUUAUCCAGCAUGACGGAAACUUCAUGUUCUACUGGCUGGGCGUAGUGACGGUCUCAGUGCUGUACAACGUGUGGACGCCCAUCGCCCGUCAAGCUUUCAAGGAGAUUCAAGAAGGCUGCAAUGCAUGCUGGUACUCCUUCGACAGCCUUUUCGAUAUUAUUUACAUAUGUGAUAUCAUAGUCCAGUUCCGGACUGGAUACCUCGACCAAGGUCUCAUGGUCUACGAUUCGAAAAAACUUCGGCAAAGGUACACUAAAUCCAAAGUGAUCUACGUCGACUUCAUCAGCCUUCUACCGUUGGAUCUAUUGCAGUUUGCCAUCGGGGAACACCACCCGAUGCUGAGGUUUCCGAGGUUCCUGAAAGUUUACCGGACCUUCCGGUUCCUGCACAUGCUAGAAUCCCGGACAGCGUACCCCAACCUGAUCAGGGUGGCUAACCUGACGCACAUUCUGUUUCUAGGGGCGCAUUGGUUUGCGGCGUUCUACUACAUGAUCAGCGAGGCGGAGGGUUUCACGGGCGACUGGUCGUACCCUAAGCCCGUGGGGGAGUUCGCCAACGUCAACCGGAAAUAUUUACGCUCGCUGUUCUGGUCUACACUGACGUUGACGACCAUUGGGGACCUUCCACCCCCGGAUAGUAACAAUGAUAUGCGCAUGUCCAACGCAGCAUACGUGUUUGUUACAGUGAGCUAUCUAAUCGGUGUGUUCGUCUUUGCUACAAUUGUUGGUCAAGUUGGUAACGUCAUCAACAAUAGAAAUGCAAGCAGGCAGGAAUUCGAACGAUUGCUGGACGGUGCCAAAAUUUACAUGCAGACCCACAACGUACCCCACAACCUGCAGAAGCGGGUCCAGCGCUGGUACGACUACGUGUGGUCCCGGGGGAGACUGAACGGGUGUGACAUCAACUCCCUGGGGCUACUGCCUGACAAGCUCAAGACGGAGCUGGCUAUACACGUUAACCUGGAGACAUUGAAGAAGGUGACGAUUUUCCAAGAAUGCCAACCAGAGUUCCUCCACGAUCUCGUCCUAAAGAUGAAGGCCUACAUUUUUACACCGGGCGAUCUCAUUUGCCGCAGGGGGGAGGUGGCUCGGGAAAUGUUUAUUAUUGCCGACGGGGUGGUGGAGAUAAUUAGCGAGUCUGGCGUGAUGUUGAAGAGAAUGGGAGCCGGAGACUUCUUUGGUGAGAUCGGCAUCCUCAACCUUGACGGUGGCAUCAACAGGAGGACAGCAGACGUCAGGUCCGUGGGUUACCUGGAGCUGUUUGUCCUGUCUAGAGAGGACGUCCUUGCUGCACUCAAAGAUCACCCGGAAGCGGAGGUAACCAAAAGCGAAAGUAGAUUUUCAAAGUGGCUUUUAAGGAAUUUGUGUAGAAAAUCUAUUAUGAAGUCCAUUAUCCGCGACUACGGCCAGAGAAGACUCCGCGAAGUCGAGGCUCACCGUCUGAAGGUCAAGCCGCUGAAAUGUCGCGGCAACUCGGACCAACAAGGCAGCUUCAGCGGCGGUUCUCAAACAGUCCCCAACAGGCUCCUGCAGACGCUCCGCAGCCUCAACCCCGCAGUGCGACGCCAAAGUGCCCAGGUCAACCACCACCCCGGUUCCCCGCCCGCGGGGGGUGCGCAGCCCGGAAACCCAGCCGGGACGCCGGUCGGAUCCCAAAGAUGCCCAAACACACCUUAUGAAGGCCAUUUCUCCUUCGACGCAGCCGAGUCAGACAGAUCACCCACAAUGAACAGACUGAAACAAAGCAAUGGCAAGCACGUUGAGAGACAAAACAGCGGAAAUGGGCGUUCUCAUCCCAUGUCAAUCAUUCAAAGCCCAGCCUCUGACCUCUCGUAUCAACAAAUCACAGCACAAAUACAGGCCAUGCAAGGCAUGAUUGACAAGCGAUUGAAUAACCUGGAGGAUGUGUACCAUUCGGCUUGUUCCAAGUUGGAAAAACUGGCCACUUCUCAGGAAACAUUGCUACAGCUGGUACAAGAAAUUCUGAAACAACAAAGUGAAAGAAACACAAACCAGUUAAUGCCAGGGGAUGACAACAUAGACCUAGAAUUGAGUGUUUGAGAAUAGGGACCUAACAUCGAG